AUGGCCAAAGACCAUGGAACCCCAAACGGGACCUCGCCUAUUGAAGGCCCUGUCACACGAAAAAUCCCGUUCUAUCGCAUGGUUUUUGACCAGGGAGCCUUGACGCAAGAAGUCAUCGAUCGCAAAUAUGCUGGAUCCGGCACAGAAGACGAUCCGUACGCUGUUGUCUGGAUCCCCAACGACCCCCGGAAUCCUAUGGAAUUUUCAGCAACAAUAAAGUGGUUCCUCACCAGCAUGGCUGCCAUUGCGGCUCUGGCAGCCGCAUUGGUCUCUUCUGCAUAUUCGGGCGGUAUUACAGAGAUUGAAGUUGAGUUUGGGAUUGACAGCGAAGUUGCGACCCUGGGUGUUUCUCUUUUGGUCCUAGGUUUUGCAAUUGGACCUUUGCUUUGGGCACCUCUGAGUGAGAUGUUUGGUCAUCAGCUUGUCUACUGCGUUACAUACAUGGCUCUUACAGCUUUCAACUGUGGAUGCGCCGGCGCAAAGAACUCAUGGACCCUCAUCAUUCUUCGGUUUUUCGCCGGUGCAUUUGGUUCUUCGCCUCUUACCAAUGCUGGUGGCGUUAUUGCCGAUAUGUUUUCAGCCAAACAGCGUGGUGUUGCUAUGAGUAUGCUUGCCGCUGCACCAUUCUUAGGUCCCGUCCUCAGUCCCAUUAUCGGUGGUUUCCUCGGAAUGAACGCGGGUUGGCGAUGGGUUAUGGGCUUCUUGGGUGCUUUCUCUGGCGCCCUUUUGAUUGCCGGAUUGCUCUUCAUACCGGAGGCAUACGCCCCCGUUCUUCUUCGUCGCCGUGCUGAAAGACUCUCCAAGAUCACUAGAAAAGUAUAUCGAAGCAAGGCCGACAUUAACCAGGGAAAGACUAUACUUGGCGACGCUUUCAAGACGGCCUUGUCCCAGCUCUAG